GUGUGGGGGGGCAGGCUGCUAUAAAACUGCUCUCCCCAGAGUGAGGGGACCAGAGGAGUUAGCAGCCAUUCACACGACUCAUUCCCUCCCAGCUACCACAAGGAGUAUCUCAGAGUUCACACUCUGUUUUUUUUCUUCAUCCGGGACCAUGAUGAUCCCAAGCGUCAUCGCGCCUCCUGCCAUCUACCCGGGCCUGUACCGGCCCGCCGCUGCCCUGCCGCUGCAGCAGACCCUGCCGUCCGUCUUCCCGACGCACUCCAGCUUUCUAGUGGAGGACCUGCUGCGGAUAAGCCGCCCGGCCGCCUUCAUAAACCGGACUGUCCCGCCAACGAGCGCCUCCCUGCCCACCGCCACGACCACCGUGUCCUUCAGCGGCGCAGCCUUGGAGCGCGCGGCGGCCACGACCGCGAUGACGCGCGAAUCGUGCUCGCCGAAAACGUCAGUGCCGAGCAGCAAGGACCCAACUUUUCUCAAGUUUGGAGUGAGCGCCAUCCUCGCACCUUCACCAAAGACCGCGUCGCCCCCUCCCGCAGUCCACGGCCUGCACUCCAAGACCUUCCCCAUCCCCUGCUUCGACGGAAACUUUCACCCCAUAUUCAGGACACCUUAUUUACCAGCAUCCUCAUCCGUUGUUCCCAUCCCCGGGACCUUUUCGUGGCCCCUGGCCACCAGAGGGAAGCCGCGCAGAGGGAUGCUGAGGAGGGCGGUGUUCUCAGACGUGCAGCGUAAGGCCUUGGAGAAAAUGUUCCAGAAACAGAAGUACAUCAGCAAGCCCGACAGGAAGAAACUGGCCUCUAAGCUGGGCCUGAAAGACUCACAGGUGAAAAUCUGGUUCCAGAACCGGCGGAUGAAGUGGAGAAACUCCAAGGAACGAGAGCUGCUGUCGUCCGGCGGCUGCCGCGAGCAGACGCUGCCCACCAAAGCCAACCCGCAUCCGGACCUGAGCGACGUGGGCAAGAAGUCGUCAGCCGAUGAAGAGGAGGAGGAGGAAGAAGAGUUCGGGAGGGAGAGUAUAAUGGCGGCAGGGUCCAGCAUCUCCUCUCCGUCUCUUUCCAGUAAGCACUCGGACUUCUCAGAGUCAGACGAAGAAGAAAUAACAGUAUCUUAAUUUAUUUUUAUAAAGCAAAUCUAGAGAUAUAACCCGUGUUUUGUUUUCAUACGAGACUGUGAACAGAUCUGUAA